GUUCGGGCUUCCCUACCGGUCCCAACAGCCUCUCGACGCCCCCAGUGAGCCGAGGGGACCCGGGGCGCGGCGUCUCUGUUUUGGGAAAGGUUAUAUAGAUAGGGGACCCCCAGCAAUGCACUCUCCCGUAUCCUGUAGCGACGGUAACAUGGGGGGCUGGAAGGCUUUAGCGGUGGUGGGCCUGGCGGCGUUGCUGGGGUCGCCUGUCCUGACGCAGCGCACGCCGUGGAUGGGACCCAAGGGAGCGGAGUUUGCCCGGAGCGCCGCCUUGAAGGAACGACUCCACCAGCCUGUCGCGGGCCCUGAAGACGCCCUGCCCCGCGAGACCCCCGUUGGAGCCGCCUCGCCCCUGUGCCUGGAGUGCCAGCUGGCGGUGAUAGCGCUGCAGGAGGAGAUAGCGGCUGGUGCGGGGCUCGACCUCCUGGUGACGGAGGGCAUCGCGAUCUGCCAGGUCACCUUCGGCUACACCCAAACCUUCUGCGAGGGAUACGUGCCGAUGAUCAUGCCGAUCCUCCAAUACAUUCUGGUGAACGACGAAGUGCACCCCGUGGACGCCUGCGGGGAGCUGCUGACCCACUUUGGCUGCACCACCGACGACCCCAAGAGAGAGUGGACGGUGGAGAUCCAAGGAGAAAAGCCCCCGGUGGUUGGGGUCACGCCCCCGGAGCCCGACGCCCCCCGCCUCAAAGUCCUCCACCUGGCGGACUCGCACAUGGACCCCCUCUACCUGCCAGGGUCCAACGCCGCGUGCCCCGAGGAACUCUGCUGCAGGGAGGAGUCAGGCGUGCCGGAGAACGAGACAGCGGAGGCGUGGUACUGGGGCGACUACAGGCACUGCGGCACGCCCUCCUGGAUGAUGGAAGACCUGCUCACCCACGCCACCACCACGCACCCGGACAUCGACUACGUGGUGUGGACCGGCGACCUGGUGCCUCACAACAUGUGGUCCACGUCGCGGGAGUGGAACCUGCGCGUGGUGCGGGAGAUGAACGACAUGGUGCGCGCCUUCUUCCCCACCGUCCCUGUGUUCCCCGUCGCCGGCAACCAUGAGAUGAGCCCCCUAGAUCAAUACCCCGAGCCUGGCGGCGUGCCCGAGGACCUCUCCGCUGACUGGCUGUACGGGGAGCUGGUGUCGCAGUGGAGUCAGAUGGUGCCGGAUCUGGACAACUCGACGGUCACGCGCGGCGCCUACUACUCCGUGCUGGUGCGACCCGGGUUCAGAAUCAUCUCCUUCAACUCGAUGUUCGGUUAUUCGAGCAAUGCGUGGCUGAUAGAGAGCUCGCAGGACCCCGCCUCGGAGCUCGCGUGGCUGGAGGCGGAGCUGGGCAAGGCGGAGGCUGCGGGCGAGCUCGUGCAUCUGUUGGGCCACGUCCCGCCGGGCCUACGAGCGGCCGAGCGCACCUGGUCACGCGAAUACAACAAGCUCGUCGUCAGGUACGAGAACAUCAUCCGCGGCCAGUUCUUCGGCCACACGCACUACGACGAGUUCGAGGUCUUCCAUGACGGCGAGCGGCCCAUCGGCGUGGCCUACAUCGCGCCCAGCCAGACCCCGUGGUACGACCUGAACCCUGCCUACCGCAUCUACUACAUCGACGGCGACAGGACCGACUCGACCAGGACGGUUCUUGACCACGAGACCUACAUCAUGAACCUGACGGAGGCGCACGAGACGGGGGCGGCGCGCUGGUACCAACUGUACAGCGCGCGGGAGCUCUACACCAUGGAGAACCUCACGCCGCAGGACUGGCAGGACCUGGCCGAGAGGAUGGCCGGGGACAGGGACCUCUUCGAUCUCUACUUUAGAAACUUCGUGAGCGGCGGCGACCCUUACAUGGCGGUGGGCUGCGACGACCUGUGUUACGAGCAGCGCCUCUGCGACAUGGUGACCUCCAACAGGAACGACCUCGACACCUGCAGCGCCGUCCUCAGGCUCAAGCGUCGGUCGUAAGGCGGGAAGAGCUGCGGCCCGUAUCCUCAGACGCUCUCGGUCAAACUAUCACCAGGCUCAUAAAACUACCCAUGGACAUACUUACACACCCCCUAUGAAAGCCUUAUCAAAUGUAUGUGUGUGUGUGUGUGUGUGUGUGUGUGUGUGUGUGUGUGUGUGUAAGCUCCGAAGUGUUUGAGAUUAUAGGCCUUUGUGACUGCGCAGACUUACGGGUUUUGUUGUUCGAAGUUGUAGAGGAACACUGGUGGAAAUAAAUAUGCAGGAGUUUA